AUGCAGCUCACCUUUGCUCUCCUCGCCCUCCUCGCCGCGCGCUUCGUCGCGGCGAUUGACUUCACAGACUACGACCCGCAGCCUGGUGUGCAACCCGAGUUCAAGGCCUUCCUCAAGGCUCUCGUCACCCCCGCAGAAGAUCCCACCGCCACGACGGCGUACACCGACUUCUUCACCGCGGACGGCAUGCAGACGACGCUGAGCAUCCACUGCGUCGGUGCAGAUGCCAUCACCAAGUGCAAGCAGCGAUUCUUGCCCACCGAUGGCAGCAUGUCACUUACCCACUUCCCCAAUACGACGUUCAUCGCAGACAACAAUGCAACGGCGACUGUCUACGAGGCUCAUGGACGAAUUGAAAAUAACUUCAAGGCGGGCAACUGCUCGCAAAUUUACUACAAGACGCAGUACACUGUCCUCAAGACUACAGAAGGCGUUGACGCGGCGCCGAAUUUGUCUACAAAGCCCGAGCACCAGGUGUACUGGUACCAUGACUACUUCGUCAACCCGACGGGGGUGCCUUCCAACAUCCCUUGCGAUAGCUUGAAGGCGUGA